AUGUCGCAAGAGCAGUACACUGAGAAUCUGAAAGUUAUAGUGGCUGAGAGACUUAAAGGAGUUCCCAACUUCAACGAGGACAUAACGUAUGUCGCCGAGUACAUCGUUCUAUUGAUUGUUAACGGUGGUACUGUUGAAUCAGUGGUGCAAGAGUUAUCGUCCUUGUUUGAUUCUGUUUCCCCUGAGGCUUUGCAGGAUGUUGUCCAGACAACUUUCUUUGCAUUGGAAGCAUUGCAACAAGGUGAAUCCUUAGAGAACAUUGUCGAUAAGAUAAGGAUGAUGAAUGCUCAGAGUGCUGGUGGCAAUAUACCCGAUCAACAACAGCAGCAGCAACAGCAGCAGCAGCAACAAGAACAAUUAAUGCAACAACAGCAGCAGCAGCAGCAACAACAACAACAACCAAGCCAAGGAUCUAUGCUGGUUUCUCAACAUGCGACCUCUCAAACCGAGCAAUCUAGUCAACCCGUAUCGGCAUUUCAAGACGUUAUUAAUGCAUCGACUCAGAAUGGUAACGGAGACGUAUCUCAACCACAAUCUGCAUUCCAAGCAGUUAACACCCAGCCCAAAUUCCAAUCCCGUGGCGGUGGUGUAGGUAAAUCUCGUAGAGGUGCCCGUGGCGCUAGCAGGGGUGGUUUACGUAACACCUAUAAUAGUCGCGAGAAUGCAAACACCAAUAAUAGAUUUAAUCCUUUAGCCCGUGCUCUUGGAAUGGUCGAUGGCAAGGAUCAAAAUGUAAACUUUGUGCGCACCAAGAAAGAAGGUCGUUGUAAAGUUUUCCCUCAUUGUCCAUUGGGUAGAUCAUGUCCUCAUGCACAUCCAACAAAGGUGUGUAGCGAGUAUCCAAACUGUCCCAAGGCACCAGGCACUUGUGAAUUCUUGCAUCCAAAUGAAGAUGAAGAACUAAUGAAAGAAAUCGAGAAGACUCGUGAAGAGUUCCAGCAAAGAAAGCUAGCUUUAUUAGCCGCUAAGAAGAAGCCAGUACAGACUGGUAUUGUAUUAUGUAAAUUUGGUACUUUAUGUUCCAAUCCAAUGUGUCCAUUUGGUCACCCAACACCUGCAAAUGAAGACGCUAAGGUUAUUGACUUAAUGUGGUGUCCAAACAACUUAACCUGUGAAGAUCCACAAUGUACAAAGGCCCACUCCUCUUUGUCAAAGAUUAGAGAAGCGAAGCCAAUGACUGUUAAGAAGGUUUCUGCACCUCCAGCAAUGGCACGUCCACCUGUUGAGAAAUCUUUGGAGCAAUGUAAAUAUGGUAUCCAUUGUACUAACAAGCGUUGUAAGUUCAGACAUGCUAAAUCCCACGUUAUGUGUCGUGAUGGUGCUAACUGUACUAGAAUUGAUUGUUUCUUUGGUCAUCCAAUCAACGAAGAUUGUCGUUUUGGUGUUGAGUGUAAGAACGCAGCCUGCCUAUUCAGACAUCCAGAGGGACGUGUAUUGCCAGACAAGAAGCAACAGCCUCAGGGUGGUGACCAACAACAGAACCAGGCACAGUUUGCCUUCCCAGCACAGGGUAUUCAAACAACCAACCGAGUGUUUGCUUUGCCUGAUAGUUCAAACAUCGAAGCAGCUCCUCAACAAGACAUGGAUAUGAACUGA